AUGGGCUUUCAAAUAUCGAUAAAAGACAUUUUAUCGGAGCUUGGAGCCGAAGCGGGAGAGCCUCCGGCCCGGGCGGAGCAAGCCGGAGAGGAGAAACGGCUUGGAAUGGAAACGUCCGAAUCUCUCCGCGCUGAAAUCGCCAAGCAAGAGGCCCAUCUCGCGUCCCUCAAGGCGCGACUCGUCGUCCAAGAAGCCAAAGAAGAAGAAGCACAACGGAAGACGCCUCGGUCGCCGCCCCGGCCUUUGACGAGUCACGAGUACGAGCGCUAUGGACGGCAGAUGAUUGUGCCGGGCUUCGGCCUGCAAGCGCAGCUGAGGCUGAAGCAGAGUAGAGUCCUCAUCGUCGGCGCGGGCGGGCUUGGCUGUCCGGCCGGCGCCUAUCUCGCCGGCGCGGGCGUGGGCACUCUGGGUCUCGCCGAUGGCGACAGAGUCGAGGCAUCCAACCUGCAUAGACAGAUUGCCCAUACGACGGAUCGCGUGGGCGUGCCAAAGGUGCUGAGCGCCAUCCGAUACUUGCAAAGGCUCAACCCUUUGGUCAACUACCAACAACACGACAGCCUCCUCUCCCCCUCAAACGCCGAGGCCAUUGUCUCGCAGUACGACGUCGUCCUCGACUGCACCGACAACCCGGCCACGCGCUACCUCGUAUCCGACAUGUGUGUCCUCAUCGGCAAGCCCCUCGUCUCGGCCUCGGCCUUCCAGACCUCGGGCCAGCUCAUUGUGCUCAACAGCCCGCCCGGCGCCGGGCCCUGCUAUCGAUGCGUGUUUCCCCGCCCCCCGCCGCCCGAGACCGUGGUCGGAUGUGGCGAGGGUGGCAUUCUGGGGCCUGUCGUGGGCACCAUGGGCCUUCUGCAAGCUCUCGAGGCCAUCAAGCUCAUCGCAAGGGGGGGCGUGCCGCAGGCGCGGACCAAGCCCAAGCCUGAGACCGAGCAUGGACUGUCAAGCACAAAAGAGGAGGGGACGGCAACGGUUGAUGGGCCGAGGCAGCAGCAGCAGCAGCACACAAUGCUGCUCUUCAGCGCCAUGGGCGACGGCGGCAGCCCGUCCUUCCGCUCGGCGCGCAUGAGGGGCAAGCGCCCAGACUGCUUUGCCUGCUCUCCCGAAGGCGGCCUGACACUGCAACACCUACAGCAGUCGAUGGAUUACCACCAGUUCUGCGGCGUCGCCGAACCCGUCUCCCUCCUGCCGCCCGAGCAUCGCAUCAGCGCCCAAGACUACCACCGUGUCCGCACCGCGCAGCCGGACCACAUUCUUCUCGACGUGCGUGAAAAGGAGCACUUUAGCCUCGGCAGCAUGCCCGGGGCCGUCAACGCGCCCAUGUCCCGGUUCAAUCGCGGCCAAGGGAUACCCGACGACGUCUUGUCAGCGGACGCGCGGGACACGGCUCCGAUAUACGUCGUCUGCCGAGUGGGCAACGACUCUCAGCUUGUAGUGCAGAAGCUCAAGGACUCGGGGCUGGAUCAGGGAGGGAAACGGUUCAUUGGAGAUAUCAGGGGGGGUUUAAAGGCAUGGAAGGACGCCGUGGACCCCACGAUGCCGUUCAUUUAG